AUGGAAGAAGACAAUUUAUCACCAUUGGCUAACCAUGCCGGUGCCAAUUUGCCUCAUUCACGAUAUUUAAAAUCGAGGAGAUUGUCGAUUAGUGCUGAAGCUUGUAACUUUGAUAGUGAUGGCGAAGAAGAAGGAUCUGGUAAAGAUUUAGUAGUUAAACAUCCUAAAAGUGAUGAACAGUUGGCUCGAUUAAAUAGUGCAAUUACCAAAACCUUCGUUUUCAAAGCAUUAAAUGAUGAACAACGUGAAUUAGUUAUUGACUCAAUGUACGAGAAGUGUGUGGCUAAAGGAAAUGACGUUAUUCGUCAAGGCGAUGAUGGCGAUAAUUUCUAUAUUGUUGAUGCCGGCAUUUUUGAAGCCAUUGUUAAACGAGACGGCAAAAGUGAAGUUGUCUUCAAAUACGAUAAUUCUGGUAGCUUUGGCGAGCUAGCAUUGAUGUACAAUACCCCCCGAUCGGCCACAGUGCGUGCUUCUACGGACGGUGUACUAUGGACUUUGAGUGGUGAAAUGUUCCGACAAAUUGUCUUAAAAGCUGCUCGAAAGAAGAGGGAAGAAUUCCGUAAAUUGUUACAAUCUGUAACCAUAUUGAAAGAACUGAGUACAUACGAAUUGGAAAAUGUUGCGGAUGCGUUAAUUUUAAAAAAGUAUAAGAAUGGUGAAUGUAUCUUUAAGGAAGGUGAUCAAGCGUACGAAUUAUACUUUGUAUUAGCAGGUGCGGUCGAAAUCCGAAUGCUUGAUAAAUCAAACAGACAAAGUGGCCAACAAGUAAAAAUAACAGAGUGUCCAGUUGGCAGUUACUUCGGCGAACUUGCGUGGCUAAAAAAGGAUCCUAGGGCAGCAUCGGCCUAUGCUCUUGGUAAUGUAACUUUAGCUGAAUUGGACGUUUACGCAUUUGAACGUUUACUCGGCCCUUGUCGCGAAAUUAUGGAAAGAAAUGCCAAGGCAUACGAAAAACCAUUAAUUGAGAAAUUUGGCUCGUUGGCAAUGUAA